AUGUUCAUAGUUAAAACUCCAAAAGAAGUUCCAACGUUAGGAUCCAGUGUUGCAAAGUCACAGGGCAAUAUUAAGAAACAUAUCAAGAAAGACAUUUUGGGUCCAGGAGUUAAAAUACUUGAUCGUAAAGAUUAUCAAAGUUUUGCGCCAACUUAUGAUUCAAGUGACUCGGUCUUUUCAUUUGAAAAUACAAUGCUGGUGGAAUCUUUUAGAAAUUAUCUUGACCAUGAAGAAGACUUUGAAGAAGAGUUUGAUAAAUUAUUGGAUGAAAAUUCAAAAUUACAUGCUCGUUUGAUAAGUUUACAAAAAGAAAGAUUUCUAAAGAAUCCCAAUGAAAUAUCCGAUAUUGAAAUUGAAAUUGAACAAAAAUUACGCGGUAACUUGGUUAAAUUAUUUGGUAAAGUAUCGCCGAAUGAUCUAUUAACGCCUUUCAGUAUUGAAAAAACCAUGGAUUCAUUGACAACAUGUGAACCAUUGGUUAAAGGAAAAUUUCCACCAAAUUCAUAUCCAAUUAAAGCGUUUCCAACACAAGUUUCUAAAGAAAUGUAG